AGCAGCUGCAAGCUUCAGAAUUAGCAUGGUGAGGUCUGUGGCACUGCAGUAUGGCCAUACAGUGGAAGAAAUGAGAGAAAACCAGGACUAACAUGGACGAGUCCAGCAUUCUUCGGCGACGAGGGCUUCAGGAAAAGAGAGCAGCUGGUGACCUGUCCUGGGCAUAGCAUAUGGAUGCAGUAAUGAAGAAGGAACCAGUGUCUCUACUAUCUUGGAAGCUUAACUAGAUUUGGCAUCUCACCAAACACCCAAAAAAGAUGCGCUUUUGGUAGUGUCCUGACUGGGUACAUCAUGGUCAGGUAUAGCAGUUCCAGCACACAGGAAAACAAGAGGUUGUACAGUAGUGUACACAGUCCAGUCCACCUUGGACACCUCCCUCACCAUCACUGACGGCAUCUGUAGGAGGCACUGCCUCAAAAACAUGGUGUCAUCAAAGAUCUCCGCCAUAUACAUCAUGCCUCUUCUCACAACCAUUGUUAGGCAGGAAGCACAUAAGCUCAAAGACCCACACCACCAGGUCUAGGAUCAGCUGCUUUGCUAUGGUCAUUAGGUUCUUGAGCUUACCUGCACAACCCUAAAGCUACCUCAGCAAUGGAACCCGCCACAAACCACCUGCCUUUGCACUGCAUAGUACAGUUGGCUCUCCUUAUCCGCGGGUUCUGCAUGCGUGGAUUCAACCAACCGCGGAUCAGGAAAACCGGAAGUUCUCUCUCCAGCACUUGUUGUUUGAGCAUGUACAGACUUUUUUUCUUGUCAAUUAUUCCCUACAAAAUACAGUAUAAGAACUAUUUACAUUUACUUUGUAUUAGGUAUUAUAAGUAAGUCGGAACAGAUACAUCCGGUAUUAUUUAGUGUCAGUUAGUCAAAUGUUUGUCUUAGUAUAUAGUAUAUAUUUUACCUUUCUAUGCAUAUAAAACACUUAAGAAAUGUACGUAUUUCAAUAAUUAAUCCACUGCGUUGCUUAGUAAUAAUUGUAGCUUUCAUCGGGGCAGGGCCUUCACAUGCUCCAUUAUUCUCUCUUUAUCUUUUAAAAUUGUUUUGAUCGUCGACUGACAGUAGCCUAACGCUUUUCCGGUGAUCGAGAGCGUUUCACCUCUCUCUGAUCGCUUUAUUAUUUCAAAUUUAUUUUCAAUCCUGAUUGUUUUCUGGAACAGAGACACUGCGGGCAGGGGGUCCCGGAACCAAUCCCCCCCACCCCCCUGUGGCUAAGGAGGGCCCACUGUACUUUUACACAUGAUAAACUCAAUUUGAAUCAUCUUUUUCAAACAGUACUACAGGUCUCAUGGUGACUUGCUUCCACUCUAGUUCUAAGGAGUGGAACCUGGGUUGUUUUAGUGGAGGUAGUCAUUCUACACCAGCUAUCUUGUGCUCUUUGCAGUGAGGUGUCACCCCAAUGGCAGAGAGGUCCAAGAAAGGCAAGGCUUUUCUGCUGAGAAUCAAUGCAAAUAUUUGUGAGUAUGUACUUGUUUAACUGUGUACAGACAAAUUAUCUUGAGCACUUUCUCUUGGACACCCUGUUUCUGCCUCUCUUUGCUUCAUUCCCUCCUAUUUCCGAAAUUUGUUUCUCCAGCAACUCCUCCCCCCAACCACCACUGUCUGAUUUUCUCAGUCAGUCUCUCCUUUCUUACUGUUGCCUGUUUUCCUCACCUCUAUCCUGGCUGCCCCCACUCAAUCUUGCUGUGCCCAUGCCCACAUAAAGCGAACCAACUCCCAUUAUGCCUGAGUCCUUGAUAUCUAGAAAUCUACUGUUUGCUCUUUAAGUCAACCUAAUAACUAGGCUUUUACACAUUUGUUGUCGAUAAUUCCAAGAAAUUUCUGUAUAAUUAUGUUCCAACCCCCUUAGUCUCAGUCUGUGACCCCUGGACCUGUGCUCUUCACCUGGGGAAAACCCCUACAAUGCAUUUAUCGUGUUUUGCCAUCUAAGACUUUUGUACAUUUCAAUGAGAUCUCCUCUCAUCCUAUUGCAAUCUGAACAAUACAGGCCUAGUCCAGCUAAUCUUUUCUCAGACGGCAACUUGACAUUCUAUAAACCAGUCUGAUUGUUUUCCAUUGCACUUCCUCUAUGACAACUUUUUUGAGGUAAGGAGAUCAAAACUGUGCACAAUAUAGUCUCACCAGUUAUUUUCAGCUUGAUCUCUUUAUUCUUGGAUGCAAAUUAUCUUAUAAUAAAGGCCAGCAUAUUACUAGCUGCAUCUAUUGUAUAAACUUUUCGUCACUUAUGUACAAGGAUGUACAAAUCCUUUCAUACAUCAAUGUUUGAAGAAUACUUUUCUGUUUAAUCAUUGAAGUAGAUGACCUUGCAUUUUAUUGGUUAAUGUCUCACUUGGCCACUGAUGUCACUCGGUACACGGAAUAACCUUGAAUUUGGGGCUUCUGCUGGCUGGUGAUCUUUUGACUCCUGGGUUAACUGUCGGCUUCACUCCUCUUAAACUCAUGAGGCCUCUGAAAAAGGAUCUAGUACCUUCCCAGCGUAUAUGACAAAUAAACUCUUUAUUCUGUAUGAUGUCAUUCUAUAUGGUAUCAUCCCUGAUGACGAUGGCGGCGUUUGUCAUCGAAACGUCAGUUAUAAUCGAUCUCUGGCUAGAAGCCCAAGGAAAGUUUAUUCGUCACGAGGCCUCUGUUUCCCAUGCUGCUCUUGUGUGGUGUCUGUGAAGUCUUAAUAUGCUUCUCCUAAGUCCCCUGAGCUUUUGUUUCCUGCACCUUUUGUGAUUUGCCACAAAACACAUAAAUUCAGCAGAGCAAGACUGGCAGUCUGCAUUUAAGGUGAGCUACAACCCAGUGUUUUCAAGCAGAUCAGUUUUUAUGCACAGAGUGCUGCUGCCUUGGAGUAACGGCCUUAGCAGUCAUGCAAAUUUUAACGUGAUGAAUGACUGGUUAUAUCGUUUAGGUGUUGGUUAGGGCAUCCAGGAAACUGGCUGCUUUACAAUACGCUGCCUUCGCUGAUGGCUGUAAUUUCAUGUGUCAUUGAAAGGACAAUGGCGCUGAUAAUGCAGAAGUCCAGGAGAAAGUGGGGAUCACAACCUCCUACCCUACAGACCAAAGUUCCACUAAGCAAGUUAACCUGCUACUUGAAGCUGAUGGGUGUGCCUGGAUUGUAGAAAAGCUGACGUUGUUUUGUUCUAAUGGUGUUAGAGAUUAGCUGUGUGCUUAUUGAAUAGUGGCAUUGACAAGUGGACUGCUUUUCAUCGUGUUUCUUGCUAUUUGACCCAUACGAUGUUGAUGUAUGAAUUUGAAUCUCAAUAAUGCAUUAAAGACUGAUUAUAUACCGUGAUCGUCAUGGUAACGUAGUGGUUAGCAUGACACUAUUACAGCUCGGGGUAUUCUAGAGCCUCUGUACAUUCUGUCUGUGGAAUGUGUGGGUUUUCUCCGGGUGCACCGAUUUCCUCCCACAGUCCAAAGACAUACCACAUAGGUUAAUUGGUCGUUAUAAAUUGUCCCAAGGGUAGGUUAGAGUUUGUUGGGGUUGCUGGGGCAGUGAACCUCGAAAAGCUGGAAGGGUCUGUAUCAAUAAAGUAAAAAGUAAAUACAUUCUUGGACAGUAAAGGAAGUUGUUUGCAUUUGAUAUUAAUGAUGAAUAAUGAGACCACUGUCUGCAAAUAGUGUAGAAUAAACUGUUAGUACAAUAAUGAUGUAGCUUUACUUAUACUGAGUAGGGCACUGUCAAAUCAGGCAUGUUUCGUUGUGUAUUUUUUUUCAAAAUCUAACCUUUAUUCAAUGUAAUAUAAGUACCAGGAAAGUCAUAACUUGUCAUUAAUGGGGAGUUGCAUUGCUGCAUUUUCAUUGGGAAAUUCUUAGAAACAGAAGCAAUGAUUAUUUAUGGUUCUCUGUCUAUAUGGAAUAGUUUGACUUUAGCUUGCUGCCAGUUUUAAUGUUACUACUCUGCUUCAACGUUCAGCUAGAUCCUGGAUUUACUGUCAGAUUGCUGGCAGGUGGUAAGAGUGGGCUCCCUCACCUCCACCCCUCUGACUUUCAACACAAGAGCCCCUCAGGGCUGUAUAAAGUCCCCUCCUUUACUCCCUGUAUACCCAUGACUGUGUCACCACCCACAGCUCUAAUCUGCUAAUUAAAUUUGACAAUGACACAACAUUGAUUGGCCUAAUCUCAAACAAUAACGAGGUGGUUUACAGGGAAGAAGUCAUCUCUCUGACACAGUGGUGUCAAGAAAACACUCUCUCCCUCAAUGUCACAAAAACAAAGAAACUGGUUAUUGAUUACAGAAGGAAUAGAGAUGGGUAACCCCUAUUGACAUCAAUGGAUCUGGGGUUGAGAGGGUGAACAGCUUUAAUUUCCUCGGCAUCCACUUCACGGAGGAUCUCAUGUGAUCUGUAUACACCACUUGUGUGGUGAAAAGGUACAGUAGCACCUCUUUCACCUCAGAUGGUGUGGGAGACAGUUUGGUAUGGGUUCCCAAAUCCUAAGAACUUUCUACAGGGCCGCAAUUGAGAGCACCCUGACUGGCUGCAUCACUGCCUGGUAUGGGAACUGUAUCUCCCUUAAUCGCAGGAUUCUGCAGAGAGUGGUGCGGACAGCGCAGUGCAUCUGUAGUUGUGAACUUCCCAUGAUUCAGGACAUUUACAAAGAAAGGUGUGAGAAAAGGACCCGAAGGAUCGUUGGGGACCUGAGUCACUCUAACCGUGAUCUCUUCCAGCUGCUACCAUCCAGGAAACAGUGCCACAGCAUAAAAGCCAGGGCCAACAGGCUCCAGAACAGCUUCUUCCACCAGGCCAUCAGACUGAUUUGAAUGUUUACUAUGUUACAUUGACUGUUCUAUUUAUUAUAUAUCAUAAAUUACUACGAUUGCACUUUUAGACAGAGAUGUAAUGUAAAGAUUUUUACUCAUGCAUGCUGCAAAGAAAUAAACUCAAUUUGAUUCUUCUGUUCCCCAUGAACUUUACUAAAAUCAUCUCAACCAAUGGAACUGAUGCCAUUGUGAUCAACUGCUUUCACUCGUAUUCUUUCCUUUUGUGAAGACAAUCCAGCUCAAGGAGGUAUUUAGUUUCUAAGUGCUUUAAUUCCUUUCAUGCAUGCAGUCCCAGCACACCUGCACAGGUACCCGCUGCUACCUGGUUUGUACCCAAGUGGGCUUCAAUUCAAACUUCCCAGACAAUGAUUAACUAUUGUAAGUUAUUAUGGUUUAACCACAUUAACUCUUAUCUUUGUGCUGUUCCACACAUUUUGCACAGUUAAUUUUGAAUAACUAGUGCAACAUGUUCUGCUAACAAGUCCUAUUGGAGAACUAAUCCAAUCUCCCAGAAUAAAAACUUCCAUUCCAUUCCUCAAUUUCAUCAAAAAAAUUAAAUGGAGUAUUUUACAAGCAAGAGUUAUUAAAUGAAGAAUAAUUGAUCUUAUAAGUAUCCUAAAGUGUCCCUGAAUUGUAUGGAAUGACAUGUAUUUGUGCAGACAUGCAGGUGAAAUGGGGGAAAUUACAGCUGAGUGUGCUUGAUAUGUGUUUGGGGUACUGAUGAAAACAAGUGUGGCCAGUGCCUCUGCACAGUCAUAACAAAAUAUCUGAGAUGGGGGAAAUCAUUUAUCUGAUUAACAAGAAUGUCCAUUCACUCUGUAAUUGUCCCAGAUCAGCUGAGGGAUUUUAGGAUGAAAGUGUCAGGUUACCAAUGAUAGGAGUGGGGCAAUUACAGAAGUCCAACGACCAAGACCCUUGGAAUUCUUUCCUUAAACCCUACCUCUUAGGUAGCUUUGGGCAAAGCCUACAGGGGUGUUUUAAAUGAACGUUGGUGCUGUAACUGGCAGCAUCAUCUUUGUGAGGAAUAGAGGAAGUGCCUACGUUCUUAGCCCCAGAUAAGCCUGUGGAACGCGUUCUUUUCUUGACACUUUCUAAAUCUUCUUAUCUGGUUUGCAAAAAUAACAUAGCAUGUAACCUUGAGUUGAGCAUCCAGCAUCAACUCCUCACCUUUGCAAAGGCAGCCUCCUUUCGGCACUUUGGUCCUGCCUAUUCUUCAUGUUCCAGAUCUUAUUUGCUUUCCCACUCUGUGGAACACUUAUCCAUUACUCCUUCCUGACCUUCAUUAUCUUAACUUGGAGAUCCUUUCUGGCCCUUUCAAAUCUCCUUAUUUAUUUUGUGAAUUUCUCCCUAUCGGCAGGCUUGCUAUAAGACUAUAGAACAUCGGAGCAAGGUCAGGCCAUUCAGCCCGUUGAUUCUGUUCCAACAUUCAGUCAUGGCUGAUUUGUUAUCCCUCUCAAUCCCAUUCCCUUCUCCCUAUAAUCUUUGUCACCUUUGUUUAUCAAGAAUCUAUGACUUGGCCUCCAAGGAGUCUUUGGAUUCCACAGAUUCACCACCUUCUGGCAAAAGAAAUUCCUCCUCAUCUCUGUUCUAAAGGGAGUCCUUAUUUUCUGAGACUGUGCCAUCUGACCCUAGACUCCCCCACUAUUAGAAACAUCUUCUCCACCUUCACUCUAUUUAGAUCUUGCAAUAUUCGGUAGGUUUCAAUGGGACCUUCCUCCCCUUCCAUUAUUCUAAACUCUAUAAGACCAUAAGUACAUGCCAAGAGCCAUGAAAAUACUCAUGCAUUAACCUUUUCAUUUCCCAGGAUCAUUCCUGUAAGCCUCCUCUGGACCAUCACUAAUACCAGCAUAUCAUUCCUUGGAUAAGGGGCCUAAAACUGCUGUCAACCACCUUAGCCUUACACUGCCUUUUACUUCCUGAGCUCUCCUUCCUGUCCAUGUCCCUGUUCUCCUUAAAACUCAGGUUUUGAUAAACAUUUGGUUACCAUCCCAAAUAUUUUCUUUUCACUUCUCCAUUUCUAUUUUUUUAUUCCAAGAAGUGCUGUCUUCCUAUUAUUUUUGCUCUACAGCCUUUCCUUAAUCUAGGGAAGAGAUUCAUUCUAGGACUACACGCAACUUCAUAAAUUAGUUGAGGGGAUUGCAUUAUCAAAAUUCUGUUCCAAUGCAAUCUCCUUCGCGCUCUCACACUCUGUGUCUCUGUCUGUCCUUCCACUGGUUUAUUUAAAUUACCACUCAUGGCAAGUAAUAUGCCUUUUGAGUGGAUCUGAAAGGUCUUACAUUUAAAGGAAAAGGGUAUUCUUUCCAUUCUCCUGACCAGUAUUUCUCUCAAACACUGUCACUACCUAUUAUCACAAUGCUGUUUUUGUGCAGGAGCAGUAACCAGACUUCAUUGGCUGCAAUUCCUUUGGGACAUCCUCAGUUUGUGAAAGAAUUGAGCCUUCCCCGAAGAGGGAGUCUCCUGACACCAAGAAGCUUGAGCCCAACACCCACAAGUCCAUGCAGUCCAUGUAGUCCACUACAUGCUUUUCACUUUUGGAGUUGCCGCACUAACAACAGGAAAAGUCUGAUAGGAAGCAGUCAGUCGACAGCCCUUCCUCGUCCUCACUCACCUCUCCCUACUCAUUCAGCAGGAAACAGCCCUCAAGACAGCCCAAGAAAUUUCUCUCCCAGUGCCUCUGCUCAUUUUUCGUUCACUCGAAGUCAUGGCCACAGAACGGACAGGAGUGACGGGCGUCGAUGGUCUUUGGCUUCCCUUCCAUCAUCUGGCUAUGGGACAAACACUCCAAGCUCCACUGUGUCGUCAUCCUGCUCAUCUCAGGAAAAGUUGCAUCAGUUGCCGUACCAGCCAACUCCGGAUGAGCUGCACUUCCUUUCCAAGCACUUCUGCAGUACAGAUGCCAUCUCGAACGAGGAGAGGCGCAGGCCUGUCUCAAUGCGACCACGUUCCAGGAGCCUGAGCCCUGGACGUUCUCCAGCCUGCUUUGAUAAUGAAAUUAUCAUGAUGAACCAUGUCUACAAAGAGCGAUUUCCAAAGGCCACAGCCCAGAUGGAAGAGAGGCUGCAGGAUAUUAUCACGAGCUAUUCUCCUGACAACGUUCUUCCACUGGCAGAUGGAGUCCUCAGCUUUGCUCAUCAUCAGAUCAUUGAACUGGCACGAGAUUGCCUGGAUAAGUCCCGGCUGGGCCACAUCACUUCUAGAUACUUCUUCGAAUUGCAGGAAAAAUUAGAAAAGUUGUUACAGGAAGCUCACAAGCGUUCUGAAAGCAAUGAACUAACCGUCAUUGAUCAGUUGGUGAGGAAAUUACUCAUCAUCAUAGCUCGCCCUGCUCGAUUGCUGGAAUGCCUUGAAUUUGAUCCGGAAGAGUUUUAUCAUUUGCUAGAGGCAGCAGAAGGACAUGCGAAAGAAGGACAAGGCAUUAAGUCAGAUAUUCCCCGCUACAUUAUCAGUCAACUGGGCCUUACUAGAGAUCCUUUGGAGGAAAUGGCCCAAUUGGCUAGCUACGAUAGUGGGACAGCAGAGAUUCCUGAAACAGAUGACUCAGUGAGUAGCUUUAGUCCUUCAGUGCAAGGUAGGCGUAAGCCUCAUGAACUUGACUUUGAGACCAUGAAGCUGAUCAGUAAUGGAGCCUAUGGAGCUGUGUAUUUGGUGCGCCAUAAAGAAACCAAACAGAGAUUUGCAAUGAAGAAAAUAAACAAACAGAAUUUGAUCCUCAGAAACCAAAUUCAGCAAGCGUUUGUUGAGAGGGAUAUUCUGACUUUCGCUGAAAAUCCCUUUGUGGUCAGCAUGUACUGCUCGUUUGAAACCAAGCGGCAUUUGUGCAUGGUGAUGGAAUAUGUGGAAGGUGGAGAUUGUGCUACACUAUUAAAAAACAUGGGCCCUUUACCAGUGGAUAUGGCAAGACUGUACUUUGCCGAGACAGUGCUCGCCCUGGAGUACCUCCACAAUUACGGAAUUGUUCACCGAGAUCUGAAACCAGAUAAUUUGCUUGUGACAUCAUUGGGGCAUAUCAAACUGACGGAUUUUGGAUUAUCAAAAGUCGGGCUGAUGAACAUGACAACAAACCUUUAUGAAGGACACAUUGAGAAAGAUGCCAGAGAAUUUGUUGACAAGCAGGUCUGUGGAACCCCAGAAUACAUUGCACCUGAAGUAAUUUUGCGGCAAGGAUAUGGCAAGCCAGUGGAUUGGUGGGCCAUGGGGAUCAUUCUUUAUGAAUUUGUCGUUGGCUGCGUGCCUUUCUUUGGAGACACGCCUGAGGAACUCUUCGGACAAGUGAUUAGUGAUGAGAUAAACUGGCCAGAAGGAGAUGAAGCUCCUGCAUCGGAAGCUCAGGAACUCAUCACUCUGCUACUCAGGCAGAACCCUUUGGAGAGAAUGGGGACAGGUGGUGCCUAUGAGGUAAAGCAGCACAGAUUUUUCCACGAUUUGGACUGGAAUGGACUGCUGAGGCAGAAGGCAGAAUUCAUCCCUCAACUGGAGUCCGAGGAUGAUACAAGCUAUUUUGACACUCGGUCAGAGAGAUACCAUCAUAUGGAAACGGAGGAGGAGGAGGAAGAGACAAAUGAAGAGGAUUUUAAUUUGGAAAUAAGACAGUUUUCAUCAUGUUCCCACCGAUUUAACAAAGUUUAUAAAAGCAUGGAUCGAAUAUCACACAUUGAUGAGAAACGAUUCAUGGAGAAGAUUCAAGUGGAGAAGGACAAUACAGGUGGGAAGCUAAAGAAGGCCAACACUUUACAUGUUGACUCACUGACCUGGAUUCCUGACUCUGAAAUGCAACAUCUGUCUCUCUCUCAUUCAUCAAGCAGCGAGAACAACAACUGCUACCAUCGUUCUGGGAUGCUGCCGAGCUUUGCUAUCUCUGCCGAAGAUGACGAGUCUCUGUCUCAUGAAGACUGCAACAGGGACCAGGACAAGAUCAUGUUUUCCAUAGGAGCAUCACAGGACGAGAUUGAUGCAACUACUCCAAGCACCAUCAGUAGUUCAACUCUGUCAGUUGGCAGUUUUUCAGAACAUCUGGAUCAAAUUAACUCCAAAAGUGACAGUGUGGAAAGCACAGAUACGUCUUCAAAGUCUGCAAGUGACAACCUUCCACAGCUGGCUCGCCAGCGCCUAGAAAGUUCAGAGAAAGAAAGAACAGGCAAAGUGAUGAAAUCAGCAUCUGCCACCGCACUGUCUCUCAUGAUCCCUGCAGAUGUGUACGGUGUUUCUCCAUUGGCUAGUCCAAUCUCCCCACAUUCUCUUUCAUCUGACCCCUCAUCAAGAGAUUCGUCACCCAGCCGGGACUCCUCGACAAGCUCUGGAAGCCCAAAGCCUCCCAUAAUUAUCUACAGCUCAGGAAAGAAGUAUGGUUUCACACUACGCGCAAUUCGAGUGUACAUGGGUGAUAGCGAUGUUUAUACAGUCCAUCAUAUUGUUUGGAAUGUUGAAGAAGGGAGUGCGGCUCAUUCAGCAGGUUUGAAGGCUGGUGAUCUCAUCACACAUGUAAACAGCGAGCCAGUGCUUGGCCUAGUUCACACUGAAGUGGUAGAACUUCUUGUCAAGAGUGGAAACAAGGUUGCUAUCACAACCACACCCUUUGAGAACACCUCGAUCAGAACUGGCCCAGCAAGAAGACCCAGCCACAGAAGCAGAAUGAUGAGGCGUAGUAAGAAAACCAAAAAGAAGGAAGGUCAGGAAAGGAGGAGAUCUCUCUUUAAAAAGUUUGCAAAGCAGCCUGUCAUACUUCACAGCAGCCGGAGUUUCUCGUCCCUGAACCGCUCGUUGUCAUCCAGUGACAGUAUGCCUGGGUCACCCACACACAGCUUAUCGCCCAGGUCACCAACGCAAACCUUCCGCUCAGCUCCUGAUUUUCAGUCCGGUACAAAUUCCUCACAAAGCAGUUCCCCUAGCUCAAGUGCUCCAAAUUCACCUGCUGGCUCUGGUCACAUCAGACCAAGUACUCUUCAUGGAUUAAGCUCAAAGCUAAGUGGACAAAGGUAUAGAUCGGGGAGACGUAAAUCAGCCGGUAACAUCCCGCUAUCUCCCCUGGCACGAACCCCUUCUCCGACGCCACAGCCAACUUCACCUCAGAGGUCACCAUCACCUUUGCUCGGACACUCAGUUGUGGGUUCCAAAAUGCCGCAACCUUUUCCGGGCAAGAUGCACUCACCACCCACUAUUCUGAGGCACAUGGUUCGGCCAAAGAGUGCCGAGCCCCCCAGGUCGCCAUUACUGAAGAGAGUGCAGUCCGCCGAGAAGCUUUCUCCAUCUUACACUUCUGACAAGAAGCAGUUGUGCACUCGUAAGCACAGCCUCGAGGCCUCCCAAGCAGAGGGGAGGAAGGAGUCCGUGCCACGGGACCUGUGUCUGCAUAGCUUAGAAGAGAAUGCAUUUGAAAUGCCAUCCGUCACCAAAGUCCGCCCUGUGGAACAAGGGUGCCUCAAGCGCCCUGUAGCAAGAAAGAUGGGAAGGCAGGAGUCAAUGGACGAAGCUGAGAAAGAGAAGCUAAAGGAGGCAGCAAUGAAGAAGAAGACCAACUGGAACGUCAGGCGUGAAUCCCUUCAGAAACAAAACGCAAUACAGGAGCCAAACUCCGGGCAUGAGAAAGCAGCUCCAGAGACCGGGGAGGAGGCUGAGGCCAUUGUGGAAGGGGCUGAAGACUUUAAGUGCAAUGACAUUAAAAUUCAACUUCCAAACCAACGCUGCAGCAUUGUAAGUGGCCCGUCGUUACUUUCUGACCAAGAGCCAAGUACAAGCUCUGACGUUCACGAGGACUGCCCAUCAGCCCUGCCCGAUUCAGAGGUUGUGAGCUGUAUGUCAGUGUCCAACAUAGCGAGCUCUGAGAAGCUCUCAAACCCAUCCCAAAAGGUGGAGACGUUCUGUGGAAAGGAUGGUGGGUUGGAACUGACUGGAAAACACACUAAAGAGCCAGCUGGUUCUGAAGGAUUGGAAACCAAAGCCAUCAACAUGGAGCAUUUGGGAAGCAAGAAAUGUUGCAGUGGAAAAGGUUCACCAGAAAUGUUCAAGAGUGAAAUAACCACAACUCUCCAUAACAAUCAGCCAAAGCCUUUAAUAGCUACAGGAAAAGAGGACUCUGCAUUUGUGAAGAGAAACAACACAUCACCAAACACUACUUGCAUUGCUCACAGUCACUUGAGGCCAAUACCAACUGACUGUCCUAAGAUAGUAACUGGCAUGGCUCAGGUCUCUUUAGACAAAGCACAGCUCGGUUUGGUGACCGAGAAUGCACCAAGACAAACGACUGAGUGUAAAAUGGACAGUCGAUCUAUUGUCAGUUUAAAGCCACUGGAAGGCACACUUGAUAUUGCUUUCUUGUCAGGCCCUAGUACCUCAAAGGUAGAGACAUGUUUAUCAAAAAGAUCUGAGCAGCAGGGUUCCGUAGUGAAGAGCACGUUACAUCAGAAACCCAGCUCUAUUCACAAUGCUCCUUCUAAAAGCAACACGCUUGAUAGUCUGUGUGGCAAGGUAGACAAAACAAAGAGCAUUUCUCAAAACUUGCCACUUGGUUGUUUAUCUGUUGAAGCUUUACCAGUGGACAAAGAGACUGAGGCAAAAAGCAGUUCAACGCAUUCAGUCAAGGAUGGAACCUGCAAGGCUGACUGCAGCCUUGGGUCUGCAGUCCAGAGCACAGGUUCAGAAGCAAGUGCAGCUACUCUGGCUAAAGACACCAUGGGCUUAAAAGGAAAUGAGCAAGUCAGUCACUUGCAGGCAUGUACUGUGAUGAAAGAGAAGACUUGCAAAGAUCCAACAAGGCUGCCCACUGCAGAGCAGCGUUCUUGUAGCACGCACUCGGAGGUGGCCACAAGCAGCCAGAAACUCUGUCCAAAGAAAAUAUUACAAGACACACAGCCGAAGAGUUCAUAGCAGGUCAAAAUGGAGGGCUCUUGUGAAGAGAACGAGGUGAAGUUGCAGAAGGUAUAACUUAAUAGACAGCAGUUCUUUUCCUUCGUAAGCAUGGCAGAAUCCCAUCCUCAGUAGCUAAAGCUUUUGGGUUGAUAUUUUCACCAAGUCAAACAUUGUUUACUGCCUUCCUUUUUGCUACCCCAUCCCUUCCCUCACUGUCCUCAAUUACUUUGUUUAUAAUGACCAAUAGAAAUAAUCUGAUAUUUAUAAAAGAUCACUUGAAUGUCUGAGAUAUUGGGUGCAAAAAGAUCUUUUAUGUAGAUAUAAUGUAAUAAAUGGCUUUUGCAAACUGGGGUGGGGAGAAGAACAUUUGCAGACACUUUCACCAUAAGUACACAAGAACACUACUUACACUCUGUGGUAAAAUGAAUAAAAUGUUAAUUUUGUGGUUAAAAUGUGGUGUUCUUCAUCGAUAGCAAUUUUCCACAUGAAAACAUCCUUUGGUGACAUUCAGUAGAAAUUGCUGUGUUAAUGGACAUUGUGUGGCUGUAGAGAAGCUUGCUGUUUUUAGCAGGUAAUGCUAAAAUAUACAUUCCAUUUGAAUGCAUUGGGUAGCUCCGUCCAUUUCAAGAAACAUCAUUUAUUUAAGGAAAAACUUGUACAUAAAGUAUGCUUAUGGGUUUUUUUUGUUUUAAAAAAGAACUGGGGACCCGUUGGAGCCACUCAGUGCUGAAUGGAAUUGACGUUUUAAAUUAAUCUUGCUAAGCCUUUAUCUGUUUCUGUGUAGAAAAUAAUGGGACUUGGUCUUUGUUUUGGUUUAAGUAAGCAGGAAUGCAGAAGUAGGAACAUAUGGUAGUGCUGAGAAGGCUUCGGGUAUGUGUUAGUCAGUAGAGACAAAUCCCUGUGAAGGAGUUAUUUCCCAUUCUCCAGCCUUUAAAAAGAAUCUGUGCUCUUAGCUGGUUUUAAAGCAUAUUAAACAUUUGUUUACAAAAUGUAUUAGAGAUGUAAAUAACUAUAUGGCAAUUCUACAUUUGCCAAAUCUGUGUGUGCCAUUUUGGAAACCUCACAGGUAUUUUGCUUGUGUAUGUAUGAAUUAGUGUUUUGGUAGUAAUGUACCAACCAACUGUUGAACAUGUGAAGAAUUUUGGGCUGUGUGGGAUCCGGUUUAUUGCGUUUGUCGUGGUGCAGGUGACGUUCGGUUUGUGCUGUACCUGUAGGCUUGGAGUACUCGCUGUAGUUGGACUGAUGCUUAAAGCAAUGGUUUGAAAUAUGCUGUCAGAACUGUGCAAUACAACAAUAAAAUGUUUGCAGCUUCUGUGUUUGUUUUUCCACCACAGAGCUUAGUGAAUGUUCUAACUGUUGCAUCGUAAUGGAAAAAAAUAUUUAUACUUAUGCAUUUGCAUAUCACAAAAAAAUAAAUGGUUUUCAGCAUGAAAAGGUGUC